CCAACCGCCGACGACGCCGUUGCGCGGAUGGAUUCCCUCUCCCGACGAGGGCUUCCCCAAAUCGGCACCCGCCUCCCGCCCCCGCGCUCCCGGAAGAGCUGUCGUCCUGAAACCUUAAUCUCAUUGCCUAGUCAAAGAAGAGAGUAAUGCCUACUCUUAGCAGAUCCCAACACACUGGCAGAUAAUAGAUAAAGAAUAUGAGGCCCAGAUUGGAAAGAAUUUACAUAAUAAACUAGAUCUCCAGGAUAUAUGACAAACACACAAAAAAAAAAGAAAAGUGAGAAAUUAUCAAUAUUGAUUACUUUAUAGGCACAAAAGAGGGAAACCAAAAAGGGGGAAAGAGACACAGAAUGUCAGGCAACAAAGAAAUGAAGAGUCAAGGAGUUCCUGAAGAAGCUCUGGCUAACCAAGACACAUCUUCAUUAACUGAUGCUGUGGAGCAAGUUGCAAAGCAACAACAAUCACAAACAUCAGAGAUAGAAAAAAACAAAAAAGUUCUGUUCCAUUUGCAGGAUGAACUCCAUGAGCUUGAAAAACAAAUAGCAUCUGUCUCUGCAGAAGCUAAAGAAACAGAAAGGCAAAUUUAUCAUCAAGACGCUGCUAUAGAGAAUACCAAGCUUCAGUGUGGGAACCUGGAAACUCAGAUCAAAUCCUUACAUACAGAAAAUGUAAAGCUUAAAUUUGACAUAGAAGGAGCCCAAGAAGACUUUGAGGAACACAUGAUAAGAUAUAAUGAAUAUUAUGCAAAAAUAAAAGAGCAUAAAGAUAGUUUGUGGGAGGUUGAAAGCAAAAGGUCAUUCAUGACUACACUCCAUAAAAAACGAGAUCUUGUUAAAAAACUAAAAACAAUGAAAGAGGAACUUAUGCAAAAUCUCCAAAAUCCAGAAGGAAACCACAUAAAACAAGUACAGGAAGACAUUAUAAAGCUCAAGGAUAAAAUUCUAACUAUAAAAGAAUCUAUCAUUGAAAAAACUUGUUUUCUUGAGGAAGAAGAAAAGACACAUAAAAAAUUAAGAAAAGAAAUAGAGGUACAGCAUAAGAGAUACAGUGCAAUUCUUAAGCGUUUGCAUUGUCAAGUGAACAAGCUCCAGUCAAAUAGAAGACAAUGGCAAUGGAACAUUCAACAACUGGAAAAAACUGCAGCUGAACUAAGAAAAUGCAUUGGACUGAAAUAUUAACAUGGCUAAAGGGCAAUGUAGAACACAGACUAUGCCAACAAAAAUGAGAAAAUUUUUUGGAUUCUUAAUAACCAGCAUCUACUAUCAAAGGUCUGUCUUAAUAACAGAUGUAUUCUUUCUCUCUCUUUUUUUUUUUUUUUUUGAAUCAGUUACUUGUUUGCUAAAGUGCCUUCCAAGCCUACAACUGAUACCAGUAGAUAGACAAUAGGAAUGCUUAGAUAAGAAUAGUGGAAGACUCUAUAUAAACACUUAACUGUAUAAGAUACAAUGUACUCAUGAAUACUUGCUUUAUAAACGUGUUGCCUGCACUAUCAUAUGAAGCAAAAAUUUAGAAGGAAAGAAACACUUGAAGUUAUAAUGACUUAAAUUGUUAAGAUAUUUUAAAUGAUUGUUUGUUUCAAACAUUUUAUUAAAACUUGCUUUUUUA